AUGCAACCAGAUAAAUGCUUAGGCAGACCUUGACGGGGCGUUAAUAGGCUAAGGUUUGGCCUCUAGGGAUUGAUCAUUGCGGCGAAGAGAUUUUAUUUGUUCUUCUUGACGUUCACGCAGAAUCUUUCACAGUCCUAGACGGAUAAGCACAGGCCCAAAUGAUCAAGAUCUUAGUCUUUGGUACAGGAGGUGUGGGAUGCGCCUAUGCAUAUAUAUGCAGCAAAGCAGGGACGGAUGUUACCGUCGUUUGUCGAAGCAAUUAUGACGCAGUCAAGGAGAAUGGCAUCACUGUCGAGUCACAGAUCUAUGGAACGGUAUCAUGUCGGCCUCGCACAGUGCGGACGGUUGCUGAAGCCGCCUGUCAUGGUGUGUUCGACUUCAUAUUGGUAUGCAGCAAAGCCUUCCCUGGCGCAGCACAUCUCAUUCAAGAUGCCGUCAGCCCACAGACGGCCAUUGUGCUUGCACAAAACGGUAUUUCAAUCGAAGACGAGUACGCGGCAAUCUACCCAAAGAACACGAUCAUCUCAGGCGCCGUCUAUUUUCCUGUCACCCAGAUCAAGCCCGGGUAUUGCGUGCAUGGACCUCUCGACAUGUUCGAAAUAGGCACCUUUCCGGCAAAUGCGGGAGCCGAAGCGAAAGCGAAGGCGCAGCAGCUAUCUGACAUUUUCAAAGCUGGAGGCUCAUCUGCGCCGUUGUACGACGACGUCCAGAAGAGGAGGUGGGUAAAACUCGCCGUCAACGUUGCUUGGAACCCAACAACCGCAUUAAGUCUUUGCGAUGAUGCCAAUUUCCUGCGCUCGUCGCCCGAAGCGGAUAGCAUGAUUGUGAAGAUCUUCAAAGAAGUUGGUGCCGUAGCAAAAGCAGCUGGCCAUGGUGAUCUUUUAACGGACGAAGAAAUUGAAUGGCAGAUGAAGCGCUCGCGACAUAGAGAGACUUCGGGCGGAAAGGAACCCUCGAUGCUGGUCGACGUUAAGAACAACAGGCCAAUCGAAGUGGAGGCUAUUUUAGGAAACACUGUCAGAAUCGCGAGAAAACAUGGCGUUGAUGCAAGAUAUCUAGAGUUGCUGUAUGUGCUGGCAAAGGCAAGAAAUUUCCAAAUUGAUCCAAAAGGCCAAUGGAUACCGCUUGCAAUGUAGUACAUACUUGUGGUUGAGUCGUCCUGAGUCUGCCAGAUCCGCAGAAUAUAAGUUCACAAAGUGUGCUCUGUCUCUGCUACAUAGAUGUAUGGAAUGAGGUGGCUUCUACCCCAAAAAAAAAAAAAAAAAA